AUGUUGCGAGAGGCGUCGCGAGCGUCGUCGCGCGCGUCGCAUGCAUCACGAGCGUCGUAUGCGUCGCAGGCGUCGGAGCUCCACAGUCAGUUGGCGGUUCUGUGGGAGAUGGCGAAUCGAGUGGCGAUUAACGGCACCGUCAUAUUCGUUUACUUCAACGCUGGCUACAACGAUAUGCUGGAGAACUGGGCAUGGCACGUGCAGGCGGUUGGACUUGGCGGCCAUUUCAUCAUCUUUGCUGCGGACCAGACAGCUCUAGCCUUCGCCACCAGCAAAUGGCCGGGCCAGAGUCUGAGAGAGAGGGGAAUGUGGGGGUGGGGAGGAGCAACGGCAGAAGGAGGAGGCGAGGGAGCAGGAAAGGCUAGUGGAAGAGCAGAGGGAGUGUCUGAUGGUGCAGGGACAGAGAGAGAGGAGGAAAGGCAGCAAAAGCGGCAGUUGCAAGAGGAGCAGGGGCAGAAGGGGGUUGGGGGAGGAAGUCAGGGGAACGAGGAGGGGGCACAGAAGCAGCAAUCGGAGCAGCAGCAGGAGGAGCAGAAGGAGCAGGAGGAGGAGCAGACGGAAGGGGGAGAGGAGGAUGAUUUUGAUGUCUACUUGACUCUGGAUGAAAGGGAUGGCGACCUGUUUCAGAACUGGCUCAAGGGCAUAUCGCUGCUUGGGUUUGGCGGGCGGUUCGUGGCUGCAGUGGCAGAGGAGGCCGUGGCAUCGUCUAUCCCUGGGUUCAGUAACCACCUCCUCCCCUUCCCUGCCCAAGUCCCCUCUGCCAAUGCCUCUCGGGUGUGCUCGGCUCUUCCGGCCCUCCUGGCGGCUCAGCUCAUGCAGGCAGAGCAGAGCACUAUCAUCAGUGAUGUCAGCAGCGUCUGGUUAAAAGACCCCUUCCCCUUUUUCUCCCCAGACUUCAACCUCGUUCUCCCUUCCUUCCGGGACCAUUCCUCAUCCCUCACAACCACUACGACCUCCUCUCACUCCCCCUACUCCUCCUCCUCCCCCUCCUUGUCUCUCGCUCUCCUCCCCACCUCGGCCUCCCCCUCCUCCUCUUCUCCCACUCAAACUUCAAAUCCCACCAACCCUUCCGCCCAUGCGGCUGCUACUGCUGCUGCUGCUGCUGCUGCUACUGAUGCUGCUGCCGCUGCUGCUACCACCACUGCACCUCUUUCUCAGCAGCAGCUGGGUUUCCUAUCUGUAUGGCUAAUAGCCCUUCGUCCCUCGGCACCCACUAAGAAUUUCACUUUGGAAUGGGCCAAGCAAGCUUUCUCCAAUCACAGGAGAAAAGCAGCGGAGAUAGGAGCAGGCCCCCCCGAAACCUCUACCAGCAGCGGUAGCAGCAGCAGCGACGGUUCUGGUUCGGGCCCAAGCCUCCGGUUCAGGUUCGGGAAGCUGCGAACCACGGGCCUCCAGGCUUGUAUGAACCGAGCCAUAGCACGUAUGGUGAAAGAGGAUGGUCAGAAGGAUGGAGGUUCGGUAGGGGUGCUACCAGUGCCUCUGUUCCCCCCUGGGUGGUUGGCAGUGGGGAACCGGGAGUGGUUUGAGGCGCAGCGAGAGCGGUUGGUUGCGGUGCAUAACAACUGUGGCAUGGAGAGCAAGCACAAGGCGAAAUGCUUCAGGAGUAUGAAGCUAUGGCUGAUUGAUGAGCGAUAA